AUGAAGCCGCAUCGCAUUCGGAUGGCGCAUUCGCUGAUCAUGAAUUACGGGUUAUACAAGAAGCUGGAAAUCUACCGAGCAAAACCUGCCUCAAGGCAUGAGAUGACACAAUUUCAUACGGAUGAAUAUGUCGAUUUCCUGCAGCGCGUGACGCCGGACAACAUGGACAGCUUCACAAAAGAGCAGGGCCGAUACAACGUCGGUGAUGAUUGUCCCGUGUUCGAUGGACUGUUCGAGUUCUGCGGAAUCAGCGCUGGUGGUAGUAUGGAGGGUGCAGCACGUUUGAAUCGCGGCAAGUGCGACGUCGCGGUCAACUGGGCAGGUGGUCUCCAUCAUGCCAAAAAGAGUGAAGCUUCCGGAUUCUGUUAUAUCAAUGACAUUGUCCUUGGUAUCCUGGAGCUUUUAAGAUUCCACCCGCGCGUCCUCUACAUCGACAUUGACGUGCACCACGGCGACGGAGUGGAAGAAGCUUUUUACUCAACAGACCGCGUAAUGACAGUAUCAUUUCACAAGUACGGCGAGUACUUCCCCGGCACCGGCGAACUUAGGGACAUCGGCGUUGGUCAGGGCAAGCACUAUUCGGUCAACUUCCCCCUCCGCGACGGAAUCGAUGACAAGAGUUACAAGGGCAUCUUCGAGCCUUGUAUCAAUGGCGUGAUGGAAUACUACAGGCCGACAGCUGUGGUGCUGCAGUGUGGCGGUGACUCGCUUUCGGGUGACCGACUGGGAUGUUUCAACCUGAGUAUGCGCGGUCACGCAAAUUGUGUGAACCACGUCAAAUCGUUCGGUCUGCCUACGCUCAUCCUGGGUGGUGGAGGUUAUACGAUGCGCAACGUCGCUCGGACGUGGGCGUACGAAACCGGUCAGCUAGUGGGCCAGGAAAUGGGCGUCACCCUACCGUUCACAGAUUACUACGAAUAUUAUUCCCCGGAUUUCGAACUCGACGUCAAGCCCAGCAAUAUGGACAAUGCCAACUCGCCCGAAUAUCUUCAAAAGAUCAGCGCACAGAUCUUGGAGAAUCUCAAGCGCACAACAACAUUCGCGCCCAGUGUACAAACACAAGAAGUUCCUCGCGAGCCCAUCGGGAUGCCAUUUCAAAAUCCUGACGGGGAGCCAGAAACUCUAGAUGAGCAAGAAGACCGGUUAGACGACGAGGAGGCAGACGCCGAAGAGAGCAAAGAUCGACGAUAUAACCAAAGACUGUGGGACAAGAAGACAGAACGUGAUGACGAAUUCGAGGAGAGCGAUGACGAGGAGAUGAAUGAAGCAAAUGGAGUCAAACGACAACCCGGCGCGCAACGGCGGCGAGGUAUCAUGGACUAUAGCAACCCUCACGCUCCCGCGGAAGAGAGUGGCGCCGGAACCCCUGCCGGUGACACACGAAGCGUGAACGGCGAUGCAGACGAACCUAUGGGUGAUGAUCCUGCGACCGGGCUAGGUGGCGCAAGUGAUACUAAGGAGGCCAAUGCCGUAGUCGGUGAGGCCAUCUUGGCCAGUAAGAUCGAAAGCAACGAUGCACCGGAUGAGCCACUGGCAGCGACAAGCGCACCACCGGCCAACGACGCCAGCAGCACCAAUGCCAAUGCCAAUGAUGAGAUGCAGGUCGACCCGCCAACCGCGGCCGCAUCAGUGGCUGCAGAAGCUGGAUCAAACAAAGGAGCCGAGACCACCGCCGAUGCGAUCGCCGCUGCGCCUGAAACCACCGAAGCUGCAGACUCCGUCAAGCCAGACGUCGAAAUGGAAGACAGCGAGCCCGUAGCAGAGAAGAAACAAGCCGAGAAGGACGAAGGCGCCGCCGAACGCGAAGAAGAGAAUACGACUGCGGAAGCCACCACCGAGCUCGCCGGUGCGGGCCACAACGCGAGUGGACCUCCAGCAGCAUGA